AUGACUGCUGCGUUUGCAUCUGGCAAGAUUACCUUGGCGGAAGCCAUCAUCGCUGCCUAUCACCGCAGAUACGCCGUGGGCGUCCUGACACACUGUGGCAAGUAUCAAAGUUUGGUCGCCAAUGCUAUCCCUAAGCUUGACGUCUCACCGAGCAUGGUUUCUGACGCCACCUUGUAUUCCUCGGUGACGGGCUAUUCUCACCACGGCCCCUUUGAUGCAGCAUACUGGCGAGCCAAUUUGGAAAGCCCCAUGCUCUUUGUGGACGCACUUUCAGAACUGGCCAGGGGUGGCAAAUACACCUUGAUCGAGCUCGGUCCACACUCAGCCCUAGAGCUGCCCAUUAAACAAACGCGAGCACAUCUCAAGCUGGAAGAAACUUGGCUAUCCUACUUUGCAGCCCUGCGUCGAGGCAAAGAUUCUGUCGACAAAGUACUCGACCUCGUCGGAUCUCUGUGGCUGUCUGGCCACAAUGUUGUUUAG